AUGUCUUCUCGCUUGAGGGUCAAGCUGGACCUCGGACCUCAUGGCAAGGUCAUAGCAUCGGUCAUUGGCUUCGACGAUGCCAAAGCAGUGGCUGCCAGUCGAUUCAACGUCGAUUCGGGCAACGUACAGCUGUACGUCAGCGACGGAGAAGAUCUAUGGGAGCUUCAUCCGUCGGCAUUUCAAGAUGUUGUUGCUGAGAAUGGCAUCAUCGUCGCGAAGGCACUGUCAGCUCUACCACCAGCGCCGCGACAACCUCCAAGCGCGAGCAGCUCUCAACCACCGAUCGCCCCCAAACAAGACGGCCCACAAGCAAUGCCACUAGCGUCAUCUCCAGUCUUAGCGAUCACCUCUUUACCACCUGCACGAGGGGCAAUCAGCGGCGCUUCUCAGGCAGCAUCGUCUUCACGCACCCUUCGGUCUCGAUCUUCCUCUACUACCAGUUCCGCAUCCACCGAAAGUAGCAGCUCGACUUCUUCCUCCUCCUCAUCUGGAUCAAGCUCCUCGUCUUCAUCUUCUUCGUCAUCCAACGAGGGGCGACGAUCGGCGUCUGUUCAGGAUGUCACGGCUAUCAAUGCAGCUGUUCGUACGAUCAUGGGUCCAAACGGCCUCCCUGUGUCGUCAAAGGAGCGCUGGGAUCCGAAGACGCACCGACUCAUGUUCGAAAAGCUCAACGACAUCAUAAGCUCGGAGACGAUAUACUACACACGCAAAUAUACCGAGGAGCGCUAUCGGAUCUUUCAGCUUCUCAUCGAUCAGUAUGGCGACAUGGGCGUCAAGGGUAACUUCUUGCGCGGUAGGACCGCGGCAGCAUUGAUCUCGCGCGUGGCCGGAGUGCUCAGGACCGCGAGAGAACGGGGCGAAAAGAUCAAGCAGCCGUUCAAGUUUUUCUUCCCGAAUAAGAAGGACGACGAGGUGGUGCCCCGAUCCGCAACAGCGCCGAGCACCAGUAGCAAUGCUGGCCCCAGCAGGGCACCAGCACAGGCGAUGGGGAAUGGCAACCGUUCUCAAACUUUGCCCGCUCAGGCCAAUGGACAAGCGCGCAAACGUAAGAGCAAGACAGCGAGAGCGGCAGCCGCAGCAGCAUCGGCAAUGGCACCACCGACAGUUCCAGCGGCACCUUCUGGAUCUCAGAUCAUGACAGACGGGGCCCAAUUGACAGGAAACGGCAGAGGAAAAGGAAAGGGACAAAGCAACACUCAGAUCAAGCCGGCUGCACAGAGGACCGUCCCGGGGCAGGCAAAUCCGCCGCAGAUUCGCAAAAGGGCUCCGAACGUCGCCGCGAUCCCACGAAGGCCUCCAUCGCCAGCUCGUGCUGCCAAGAGGCCGGCCAACGGUAACGCGACGACGAAUUCUCCUCCGCAAAAGCAAAAGGCGACCACUCAGCCGGCCGGGCAGCACCACUCGACGGUCAACCAGCGUCAAUCAGCUUCCGCAAAUGUCACGGGAGGCAGAGAUGCAUCAGUGGGCCGCGAUCCAUCGCGUCGAGCAGCCUCCUCAUCUCGACGAAGUCGCUCAGCUUCGCCCGGCCCCCGCGACGAUCAUCACGCACAAGAACGGUAUCCACAAUCGUCUCGUUCGGACAGGCUGAGAGACCGGUCCCCCAUCCGCAUGCGUGACUCGUGGAUCCGAGCACGCGAUGCCUCGCCCGAUCGAGACUCGGACGGCGGUCGCGAAAAUGGUGGUGCAUUUCGAAGAGCUCGUCGGCCCACCGUGUCUCUGCCGAGGAGGCCCAGCUGGACGGACGCGCCUGACCAGCGCGAGACUCUCGACAGUCGCCCCGAUACGCUCGACAGUGCGCUGUUCCGGGCCGAGACGAGGUCGCCUCCGCCAACAGAGCAACCGUCGACGUCGCGAUCGAACAGCAAUCGAUGGAGAGGGCAAGCCUCGCCACGACCGCCCGCAACGGCUCCCGACAGCCCAAGGACCCGUCGCAACGCAGUAGAACGGGCGUUGGAGCACCUCGUUUCGGCUGGAGCCGACGUGGAGAGCUUACCGGGCAAUCGCAAUGGGAACGGCGGAAAAAACCGUCGAUGGGGAAGCCCUCAUCGGACCUGGCGCAGGGAAAACGGCGAUGCCAACGACGCGGCGCGAGAUUCGCCCGAUCUGCGUCGCUCUGUUGCACGCAAUCAACAUCAGCAACAGAAUGGACGAGGUCGGCGUUCGGACGCAGCUGACAACGGCUGGCCCUCCUCCUUACACCAUUCCGGCCACGGCUCGCCUCGCACUCCUCCGCGGGCUGACUGA